AUGGCAGGAGGAUCGGAGUUUCAGGUCAGUAGUGUAAUGGGUUCCUCCAGCAAGGGAUCACUUCUCGGAGAUGUAAGUUUUGUCGGCGAUUCCUUCUCGGAUAUCAGCGAAUUCGACAAGCAGUCCCUCGAAGCUCAGGAUUUCAGACCUCUCAGGAAGCCAUCGGGGAUGGCGCCGACUACCACCAUUGAAACUGUCACCAUUGUCCGUCCUCUGAAGGUGAUAGCGUUCAUCUGCGGGGCGAUCGUGGUGCUGCUGAUGGUGCUGGCCCUGGCAUCCACGGACUGGCUCUUGUCCAAUGGAUGGAGACAGGGACUCUUCGAGCACUGCGUCGAAGAUGGUGCCCCCGAGCCACUCCCCUUCGGCAUCAACCAGAAAAAAGGCUGCUACCGGGCCCGCAAUGAACCCUACAUCAUGGCGUCUGCUGGCCUGUGCAUCGUGGCCCUCCUCCUGGAUGUCUUUGGAACCUUCCUCACUGGCAUGGGCCUUUGGACCAAGGAUCCCAUUAAGAAAUACAAGUAUUAUCGACUCGCCCUUUACGUCAUGGUUGCUGCCUUGUUGUCAGUGCUGAUAGCCCUGGUGGUGUACCCGGUAUGUUUCACUGGCGAGCUGGACAAAGGAAAUAGGAACUUGUGGGAAUUUGGCUGGGCAUAUGGAGUGGGAUGGGGAGCAGCCAUCUUCCUCUUUGGCAGUAUUGUGCUUCUCAUCUGUGACAAAGAAUCAGAAGAGAUCUACUUCAAAGAGAGGACGAUCACACACGAGUCAGGGGAUCCUUCCAACUCCAAGACUUAAUUCAACCCCCAGUGACAUAUUACUUUUGUCUUUUACUCUCCUAUUCUCAUUCAUUGCGUCCAAGUUGGCUUCAGCAGGCGUUUUCUUGAGAUAUUGGUUGUGGGACUUGAAUAUGUAUCUCCCUCACUAGAUCCAUCAUUUUCAUGACAUUAAUAUUGCAUGCUUGUAUGCUGAGUUGAGCCAUGUCACAAAAAAACUCCUUAGUCCUCUCUCUGCUGUUCAGUUAAAAAUAUUGCAGCACUGGUCUCCUUGAAAUGCUUUGACUGAUGGGGGAAGAAGUUCUCUGAGUAGUUGAAAAUAUGUUCCCCAAGUAGGCUGUUACCAUCUUGGUUUUGAGUGCACGAACAUCCGACUACCAGUGCCUUUUUACAAGGCAGAGUACAAACUAUAGAGACAUGCUGUGGAACUUUGUCCACAUCCUAUUCCUUGUCCUUUUUUUUUCACAUUUGUCCAUGCUAUUUGCAUUUUGCUCUCCGUCUGAUGUUGCGCCUUCAUCGACACAUAUCUUUUUUUAAAUCUUGAACGUCCUAACCUGCGAUGACUGGUGGGAUCAUGCAACUUUUUAGAAAUUAUAAAAAAUGUUAAUUCUUGGGAGAAUGCCCUGGUGCUCAUCAAGGUUUCCUCCCUUGUAUGGACUUUCCAUGUCCGUAACCAAAUAUUGGCCCCUUUUGAGACCUCAGCCAUGAUUCUCUGUCCCUGUGUGACUCAUGAUUGCUUGAUGCAGUGAAUGCAGAUUACUAUUUAUAUGUUUUAAGAGUGAUGUCAAGAAAAAGCACAAAGAGAGUAUGAAGUGAUCCAGGUGAUGUUUUCAGUCUAUGUGAGUCUGCAUAUGGUUGCAGCUUUUCUGUGGUUGUGCUUGUCUUUUUUACAUGCACUUUUAUUCCCCUUUGUGAAUCAGAUCGCUGAAACUAGUUUCAGAAGUUUUAUCAGAAUGAUGCUGUAUCAUGUUGGUUGAUGAGUGGUAGUUUGUGUGCCAUAUUGCUUUAAUCUGUGUUGGCAAUUCUGUUGCCCCUUGUAUGUUUCCAAUCAAAAAGUAUUAUAUUUAUGAGACUGAAAAUAAUUAGUAUUGAACUAGUUUCUUGUGCCCAUUAGUGUCUCAAAUAAUGUAAUUUGUUACUUGUGAGGAUUUUUCUCAAACUACCUGGUUGAAUU